AACUGCGCAUGCGCGGGUCACUUCUGCUUCUGCUAAUGGUAUUGGACACUGCGCAUGCGCGAUAGGUGUAGACGCAUGCGCAGUGCGGCUCCUGCUCUGCCGGGGAGAAGCGGAGACCGGAGACCGGUGGUGCUAUCUGCAGCCCUGGCUUUGUCUUGCCUGUUCCACCUUGACCCUAAAAAGUCAGAGAAGAGGCUGUGGAGUCAGGCACCAAUCAGGCGACUGAAGAUGAAUGCAUCUCAGCGGGCCGUGGUGUCCUUCACAGACGUGGCCGCAUCAUUCACAGAGGAGGAGUGGGAUGUGCUGGAGGAGUGGCAGCGCAGUCUGUACGGGAAUGUGAUGCGGGAGAUACACAACGUUCUGCUAGACCUAGAACCCAUGCCAGCUCUGCUGGUUGUGCCAGUCGUGAGAGUGACUCUGGAGAGGCCGGGGGUUGUGGGAGUAACUCCGGAGAGGCCGGGGGUUGUGAGA